AGUACAGUGUGUUUACAGAAAGUACACCAGCUGCAAGAAAAAACGGUCAACUUGAAAUAGACCAGAUUCACAAAGAGACCAAGAGGAUCCCUCCAUUCAACACCUCCAAAAUGAGACUUGUGAUCCUGGAGGACUAUGACCUGGCCAGUGAAUGGGCAGCCAAAUACAUCCGCAACAGAAUCAUCCAGUUCAAGCCCAGUGCUGACAGAUACUUCACCUUGGGAUUACCCACAGGAAGCACUCCUUUUGGCUGUUACAAAAAGUUGAUAGAGUUUCACAAGAAUGAGGAACUCUCUUUCAAAUAUGUGAAGACCUUCAACAUGGAUGAGUAUGUGGGCCUGCCCCGGGCCCACCCAGAGAGCUACCACUCCUACAUGUGGAAUAACUUCUUCAAGCACAUUGACAUCGAUCCAGCUAAUGCCAAUAUCUUGGAUGGCAAUAUCACUGACCUGGAAGCAGAGUGUGAGGCCUUUGAGAAGAAGAUCGCCCAGGCUGGGGGAAUCGACCUGUUUGUGGGAGGUAUCGGACCAGACGGCCACAUUGCCUUCAAUGAGCCAGGCUCCAGUCUAGUCUCCAGGACCAGAGUGAAGACUUUAGCCAAGGAUACCAUCGUAGCCAAUGCCCGUUUCUUUGGAAACGACCUGUCAAAGGUCCCCACCAUGGCCUUGACUGUGGGUGUGGGGACAGUCAUGGAUGCCCGAGAGGUUAUGAUUCUCAUCACGGGAGCCCACAAAGCCUUUGCCCUGUACAAAGCAAUAGAGGAGGGGGUCAACCACAUGUGGACCGUCUCAGCCUUCCAGCAGCACCCACACACCAUCUUUGUGUGUGACGAGGACGCCACACUGGAGCUCAGAGUCAAAACAGUCAAGUACUUCAAAGGUUUGAUGCAUGUUCACAACCGACUGGUGGACCCAGUGCUCAGCAUAAAGAACCAAUAAUGGAGAAUGAAACCAAGUCAGAGAAUUCCAGACCUCAAAAUGGUGGAUGGACCCAGAGUUGUUGGUAGGCUACAACCAGCAUGACAAUGUGCCAGAGAGAUUGUUUGUCAGCACUUCAGUUGAGGGGCUAUGGUUUAAGGCUGCCAUAACAACUACCCAAGCAUUACAGUGCAUGAAAUUUGCUCAGUUUGUUACAUUGCAUUAGGGUACUAUGAAGGCUAACUGUAAAUGCCCCCUCAGCUGAUAUGUUAUAGAUGCCAUGAAUUCUCACACACAACUGUUACCAAUAUAUUAUGAGGUCAGACUCUUUGCAGUAUUAGUCUCAAACAGAUUUAUUUGCCUUUUUGACUCCUCUUCUUUCUUCCAUCUGCACAAUCUAGAGACGGGAUGGAGGAAAGCAAAAUGCUUAGACCAGGUCAGAUGAAGGAAAGGAGAUGCGUUAUCAAAUAAAUCCACUUUGGGUUGUUGAGACCUGUUUAACAGGGAAACAUACAACACUAUAGUUCCUUUACACUCCAUUCCAUGUCAUUCGUAGCUUUGAGCGCUCCAUAGAUUUGUUUACCUGACAGUCAGUUAUACUUGCCAAGUUGCCACCGCAGUGAUAUACAUUCAAUAUACUGUCUUUUGUAUUUCUAUCUGAAAUGUAAUUCUUGGCCAUAUUUUAUGCUCUCACAAGAUUGUUACGGCAAUCAUUUGAUGUCAAGGCAUCAUGUUAACUUUUCAAACAUCUCCAGUCAGUCAUUCCUUUAAUUUUUUUUUCUUUUGUGGUUUUGUAGAACAUUCUACCAGAACAAGUAUGUUUUCAAUUCAUUGUAACUAAAUUUUCCUGAAAUACUGGGCUAAGAAGAUUACUGAGUCUUUUUUAGAAAUUGAUUUUGCACAUACUGUACUGUAACUCUCAUAAAAGUGCUUUAUACCGGC